AUGAACACUGCCAGCGAUAUCGACAAGUCCUUCACCAAGGCGUUGAACGAAGCAGGCGAACUCUACAACAACGAUCGGCUGGACGAGUGUAUCAAAAAGACCCGCGCGCUUCUCGCCGACGACGCUAUACCACGAUACCACCGUAUGAAAGCGCUCCUCUUGUUGGCUUCAACGCUGGGCAACUGGUUAGACGCGAGUAACUGUCACGCGGAGGCAGAGACGCUGUGGCGUGUGGUCAGGCGCUGGAAUCCAGAGGGCGAGGACGCUGUGCUCGAUAGGCACAUGAACGAUAUGCGCGAACAUUUAGAUGAAGUGGGUGCCGCUUUGGAACGGACUGAGCCUGAAGACUACUAUCUCGAAGAUGACGUGGAUGACGAGGAUGACGAUAGCACGGCGCACGAGGAGCAAGUGGCUGAUGCGACUGCCGCCAUGGAGACCCUUGAAAUGACCGACAAUCAGAUGAAAGAUUAA